AUGGCGAGAAAGAGUUCAACCAAGAAGCCAGCUAAGCAUUCAUCCAAGGGACCCACACCCGAACCGGAAAAGCCCGUUUUGAAGCCCAAGAAGGUGGGUUCGGAGAUUGACGAUAUUUUUGCAGCAGCGAAAAAGAGAAAGAGAGCUGAAGAGGGGAAAAAGGUCCACAACAAGAAACCAGGAAAAGUAGAUGCUAAAUCAUAUGAUGGACUGAGGAGAGAAACGAAUGAGAAGAAAAAAUCUUCGAAACAAAACGAGCAUGUUAGACCCACUUCUCGGUCGAGGAAAAAGACUGCAGAUGGGCUAACUAUUUACACAGAAGAGGAGUUGGGCAUCGGGAAAGCAGAUGCCGGAGACCUCCACGCCGUGAAGCACGCCGCGGGCCAACAGAGGGUCGGCCCUUACAGACCGCCACGCCGCGGAGCUCGUGCACGCCGUGGUGCCUCAUGCUCAUCACGCGCGCGGCGCCUCUCGUGA